UUGGAGUACUGUUCCCAUACACUCAAGAAUAUCAUUGCCCUGAAGGGACCGGAGUUUGCGAGACAGCAGCCGGGUGAGCCCAUGAAUGCCAUCGAGUACUUCAUAUCGUGCGAGAUAUUCAAAGAGCUGUUAGAGUGCGUGCAAUACCUGCACGACUUGAAUGAGGGGGUAGUGCUCCGGGACCUCCGGUCCGACAAUAUACUGAUCGCCGAGAAUGGCAGGAAUGGUAGGUAUAUUAAGCUGAGUAACUUUGGCUGCGCUAUCGAUGAUGACGACUACGAUAGCGAACGCGUAUAUGGGUCGCAAGAUUUCGGUAGUUUGGCUGAUAGUGGACAGGGAGGUGGGGGCAGUCACUCAGUACAUACAAAUAAGGCAGAUAUAUAUAGUGUGGGUGUUAUCGCACAGGAGUUGUUUGAUAUGGAUAUUCAUGAUCCAAAUCCAUUGCAAAAGUAUUUGUCGCACGAAUUGAUCGAUAAUUUUGCGAAACUAUUCAAGGUGUUUGUGUCGAUGAUGGUGGACGUGAGCGGCCAGACAUCAACCUGCGCUCAGGUGAUCGGCCAGUACUACGACUGGUCUAUAGAUAAGGAUUUGUCUCAGAGUUGUGUCGGAAGAGGUUUAGUUAUCGACAAACGGCGCGGAAAUGUCCUGAAACUGAACUCAGAGUUCGGGAUAAUGUCUGUCAGACAUGGCUUCCAAGAGCUGUCGAGUAGGUCCACUCGUGAGGUCUAUGGCGGUGAUGAUGUGGUUAGAGCUCUGCGAACAAUACCCGAUGUCUUGUGUUUGGGAACUAUUAAUACCACUGAAUCUGAAGGCUUUGAUUACGCGGUACUCAAGAGUUACUUCACGAGCCCUGCGGCGCAGGUAUUCUCCAAAUGUGUGGAAGUGUUGGACAUCACCGAUGAUAAUACCGUUUCCGAUGACAACAAUCUCCGGAACCGUUACGCAAAGAUAUGGCGCGACAUAUACUCCUCGACGUGUCUGAUGUACGGAAGCGGUCUUAACCACCGAUCCGGGGGUUGGAAUCCCGAGCUGAUGGACACACCGGACAGGUAUCUUCGGAAGACAUCGGAUCGAGUCAUACAACUGCUGAAGAUGUGGAGGCAAUCGGGAAAACACGUGAUUUUGAUCACCAGCUCUGAUGCCGACCACACGAAGCUUUUGAUGAACUAUGCGUUUGGC